CGAACCGAGCGGGAAGCGGGAAUGUCUCCUUCUUCUUCGAUUACAUGCUCCAGAUUCGCCACAAUCGCCGUAGCCGCGGUUCUCCUCCAAUCCCUCGGCCUCUUCCUCUUCAUCUUCGGCUUCUUUCCCAUCAAGCCCGCCCUGUCUGGUGUCAGUGGACCGGAGAGCUUCCGUGCGCCAUGGCCCGACGGCAUUGAAAAUGAUUCAGUGACGGCAUUGCCUCCUGAAAAGCUCAAGCAACUAUAUCAGGAAUUAUCUGAGAUCAGUCCUCCGUUUGAUCGGCUAAUUCUAAUGGUUAUUGAUGGUCUUCCAGCAGAAUUUGUGCUCGGAAGGGACGAUAAGCCUCCGAAAGACGUUUUUGUUGAAGCUAUGCCUUAUACUCAGUCGUUAUUAGCGAAUGGAUUUGCAGUUGGAUACCAUGCAAAGGCUGCACCUCCUACUGUUACAAUGCCACGCUUGAAGGCUAUGGUAUCUGGGGCAAUUGGGGGAUUUCUGGACGUGGCAUUCAACUUUAAUACACAAGCUUUGCAAGAUGAUAAUAUUAUUGGUCAAUUCUUUCGGACUGGUAGGAGGAUGGUCAUGCAUGGUGAUGACACAUGGCUUAAGUUAUUUCCAGGAUCAUUUAUUAGGCACGAUGGAGUGGGCAGUUUUUUUGUUAAAGAUACUGUUCAAGUAGAUCAAAACGUUUCACGACAUUUGGACAAAGAGCUUUGCAGAGAUGACUGGGAUCUUCUGAUUCUCCAUUAUUUAGGUUUGGAUCAUGUUGGUCAUCUUGGUGGACGGAACAGUUUCUUAAUGGGCCCAAAACUCAAGGAGAUGGAUAAAGUGAUUGAGAUGAUUCAUCGAAGCAGCCUUCGGGAUAAAAAAAAUCAUCAGAAAGGGACUCUUUUGGUGAUAGUUAGUGACCAUGGCAUGACUGAGAGUGGUAACCAUGGGGGUUCUUCAUUCGAAGAAACUGAUUCAUUGGCUGUUUUUUUUGGUCUGGGUGGUCACACACUUGACUAUGCAUCAGCUACAGACAAUUCAGCUAAUCAGAUUGACAUUGCAGCUACUGUAGCUCUCCUCUUCAAUGUACCGAUACCAAAAAACAAUAUCGGAGUUGUCAUCCCACAUGCUCUUAACUUUAUGACAGAUGCUGACAAGAUGAGAGCUUUAGAGUUAAACUCUUGGCAGUUGUUAAGAUUGUUGCACGCCCAGUUGUCUGGUCUACCCUGUGAGCAUGAAUUAGUAGAGGACUUCACUGGAGAUAGAAAAUCAGUGGUCAGUGAGUGCAGUGGAAACAUAGAGCAGGUCUUCUGUUGCUUAUAUCAGAAUGCUGCCAUCCUCCACAAAUCCUGGAAGUUCAAGAGGAUCUCCAUGUCAAACAUUGAAGACUACAAUAAUGCUGCCACAGCAUAUUAUGCGUUCUUGAGGACUGCAAGUCAGUGGUUGGCACGCAGAAUGACUGAUAAACCUGUCAGCCUGCUUGUUGUUGGUAUUUCAGCAAUGCUUCUCUCAUGUCUGAUCUUUCUGGGGCUUGUAUUUCAUAUGAAUAAGGCCUUGUACCUUAGAGAAGACCAUCAUCUUUCCAGCUCGAAAAAAUAUGCCUUUUCAUGGCAUUUGGAUGAGAUCUUCCUUGUGGGUGCGACAUUGAUUCAUGUCAUAAGCAUGGGAUCCAGUUCGAUGGUAGAGGAGGAGCAAUAUAUUUGGCAUUUUGUGUCAUCGACAUUUUAUCUGUUAUUAAUUCGGAAAACUGCACAGACCAUUCCGACGGAUAGAACUCAAAGUUCACUCUUCUUGCCCAUGUCUCAGAAUCGAAAGAUCAAUUAUCCAAUUAUAUCCAUCUUUUCUGUACUUGUAUCUGGAAGGAUUUUGAGAGCCUGGCACCAGGGUGGUAUAAAUUGGGCAAAUCUUCCUGAUAUUUCUAAAUGGCUAAAACUGGCAGGACAUGAAUAUGUGAAACAACUUCGACUGCUGGCCUGCCUGUUGGUAAUCAUCUUAAGUAUUUAUGUUCUAUCAUUCUUAUGGACAAGGAGGAAAAUGGUUUUAGUGGUUGGUUUCAGCUUUUUUAUCCCGGGAUUGAUGGUUUUGAAAUAUAUAAUGAGUCACGAGGACGAUACGUCAGGGUCAUUUACAUACAACUACAGUUCCACUAUAUCAGCACAGAAGAUAUAUGGAGUUCUUGGUGCUCUUACAGUUGUGGCUGUUGCAUCUGUACCAUGGCUAAUACAUAUUUCGACUUCCAAGGCAUGCUCGAAUGGUGAUAUCUGCUUGUCUACAUCUGUUUACCAUGACGUUCUAAAUUUGUCUCUGCUGAAGGAGAUGAGAGACUCAUUUUAUGUCAUAGGGUGGGCAUACAUAUUUUGUUGGUGUCUCCUUCAACUGUUGCUCCAACAGCCAACAAAUUCGUUGCCAGUGUUUUUACUGCUUGUGCAGAUCUAUGCCAGCAUGCUUCAUUCUUUCAGUGCUGUGCCUGCUCAUAAGCAUUGGAUUGAGGUCGCUGCAUUUUACCAGUUGGGAAUGGCUGGUCAUUUUGCCCUUGGGAACAGCAACUCCCUAGCUACAAUUGAUGUUGCUGGUGCAUUCAUUGGCACUUCAGAUUUCUCUAUGCUAUCAUCUGGCGUCUUGAUGUUUAUAAUCACCUAUGCUUCGCCGCUGUUGUUUCUCCUCAGCAUGGCAAUGUGGAUUUCUAUGAAGGAUUUUAGUUGUCUGGUCACUUCGCAGAAUGCUAAUUAUGGAGAUCUCCUGAAGAUGAUGCUUGGUUUUCCUUGUGUAAUACCUUUGUGCCUGAAUUCGGUUAUGCUGACUGCAUACACUAUCAUACUGCUACUCAUGAGAAAUCACUUAUUCGUAUGGAGUGUCUUCUCUCCAAAGUACCUUUAUGUUGCCGCUGCAACCAUUUGUGUUUAUGUGGGGGUUUUCGUCGUAGCUGCUACUGGAACUUAUAUAUACUUGGUGGUGAUUUAUCGGAAAAGAUAAUAGUAGGAGCUUCAAUAGCGGCACGAGGAAAAUUUUCUUAGCACUUUAUUGCAGGAGAGAAAACCAGAGAGUAUACACGAUGCUGCUACCUUCCAUCUUUUCGACAGAUAUGAGGAUCGCCCUUGACAAGUACAUCUAGGAGGCUUUAGCAUGUGUGUGG